AUGAUAUACCGUCUGCCGCCGGGGGGAAGUGCGGCACGUCCCACCCGCACCGAUGUAUCCAUCAUUCUCCACUUAGUUCACGGCCUGACGAUGUUGGGUUUAUUCGACAACCUCGGCGCUGGCAUAUUGCUGAAAAGCCUCCAGCCCACUCGGGGUGUACUCGAGGAACUGAACGUAUCGGGCUCGGAGCCUGAAGUCGCCAGCCUCGUAGAGCUCAUUAGCGAUCUCACGGACAUCGCUCAGUCGUUUGACAAACUCGCGACCAAAGAACGACGGCAUCCUUCGAUACAUCUCAAGAUCCAGUCGCAGAAUGCGUCCAGCUUGCUUCACCUUCGCGCUAUCCUCGAUAGCACAGCAGCUAUCAUAGACGAAUGUACACCCUUUAUACGGCCACUCCAGCCAAGCCUCGAAGCCCUGAAUCAUGAGCGCCAUAUCACUGGCUAUAUUGAGGCUGAGAAUCGUCUCGAAUACCAAGCCUGGUACGCUGAGACGUAUCAAUCUCUGAACCUUUUCACGGAAAUCUUGCGUGCAUUGUUCACCGCCAUCAAUUUGUUACAGUAUCAGAACGACACCGAUGACGAUAUACAGUCGCUUAAGGAGCGAUCGGUCACAGCAACUCAGCUGCACUACGAGAUUACCCUAGUCGAGCAGAAGCUACACAUCAGCGAUCAACAUGAUACAGGCGCAAUCUUCGUCAUUUACGGACUGAGUGGGUCUGGAAAGACAGAGCUGGCUUUGAGGUUUGCCGAAGAGCAUAGAAACAAGUUCUGGGGAGUGUUCUACGUAGAUGGCUCGUCGGAGAAGCAUGCAGCUACCAGUUACUCGACGAUUGCAACAAUAGGCGGCGUCGCACCGAAUGAAAAGGCUGCGAAAAACUGGUUGGUGACACGCGCUCUACCAUGGCUCCUUAUCAUCGACAAUGUAGACGAGGAAAAGAUCAAAGUCAACGAGCUGCUUCCCCAGGGUGCAAAAGGCUGUUGUAUAAUCACGACGCGUAAUCCAGCUCACGUCACCCACGGUAAUGCCGGAGACAGGUACCUGGAAUUGCUGCCCAUGGAGCCUGAAGAAGCAGAGAACCUCAUCAUCAAAGCCGCCGAAGAGCCGUUACCAUGGCCUGUCAGAGUGAUUGACUGUGCUAGACAGAUAUGCUCUGCUCUGGGGUUCUUACCGCUUGCUCUGGAUCAAGCAGCUAGGGCUAUACGAUAUGGCAUCUGCGAAUGGGCUGAGUACUUGGGAUACUUUGACCGUCAAAUACGAAGAAUUCGACGAAACCUUCAUGGCCGGGCAAGAAGCGGUUCUCGAGAUCGUGAUAAGACCCAAGAAGAUGCGCAUAGUAUCAACGUCUUCUCUACGUAUGAGAUUCUUUACGAAUCGCUACAGUCGUCACCAAAAGAGAGUUACAAGGACGCUAUCGAGCUUCUACACGUUUUCUCCUACUUUCAUUUCCAGAAUAUCCGACUCGAUGUCCUCAUCAGAUCGGCAACAAAUCCCCUGAUCGAAGAGGAACAACAGAGGCAAGACGACAAGAAGAUGGAAGAAGUGUUGAAGAAGCUACAAAAGCCACCAAAGAAACCGUGGAUCAUGUUCUUCCGAGAGCUGAGAGCCUUCGCCAAAAUGCAAGUGGCUACACCCAUGCCUCUUCCAGCUGUGCUCAAAAAUCGAGACAGACUCGGCCUCAGCGCUUUGGAAGACGAAGUGGAAGUGCGGCUUCGCCAAGCACUAGGCGUACUCAUCGAGAGAUCACUAGUCAUGCGGCAAGACAGAACAAACAGCCAGUUCAGCAUGCAUCGGCUGGUUCACAAGUGGGUUAGGGAGCGACCAGAGAUGUCCACUUCGCACCAAGCACUGUGGUGUCAGAUUUCCUUAACUACUCUCGCAUUUAGCGUCUGCCGGCCCCCAAACGGCGAUACAGAAGAGGAAAGUCGUGCGAGACGCGAGCUUUUGCCACAUGUCCAGCACGUCUGUGAGCAUCAAAAAGACAUAGAAAUUCGAUUGGGGGAGAACGCGGCCGGAGUGAGACGCGUUUGGCCAGUGACCAAAAGCUACGGGAGACUUGAGGCCGAGCAAGACGUCCGCUUUGGCCGUGUCUAUGGAGAAACAGGACAUUUCGAUAAGGCCAGACAACUCCAAGAGAGAGCGUCAGAGUUUGUCGCAAGCAGGCUUGGUCCCGAUCACCCUAUAGCGGUAGGGCUGUCGCUCUUGGUGAGCCAGUCGUUGUGGGAAAUGUCUGAGAUGGACCGAGCGACAAAGCGUCAACGGCAAGCGCGUCAGCUUUGUAUUGACACAUGGGGCGAGGAUCAUCCUUUAACACUGGACAUCACGGAUCUUCUAGGAUCAGCUCUCUACUUCAAAGGCAGGUGGACGGAAGCACAAUCUCUGCACGUUCGCACGACGGAGAUGAUGACGAGACUCUACGGAGAGAAGCACGAGAAGACUCUCAAGUCAAUUCGUAACACAGCCCGACUACAUUACCGUUGGAUGGAUUACGAGAAGGCUACUGAACUCUUUCUCAUGUCCUGGAAUGGGAUGAAAGAGCUUCGAGGCGAGACACAUUUGGAGACUUUGUUCAGUCUCGAAGAUCUAGCCAUGAGCUAUGUUCGAUAUGAAGAAGAAAACCCAGAUCCAAGGCGAGAAACACACAUAGCAUUGGCCUACAAGUACAUGACGAUCGUAUAUGAAACAAGGAAACAACAGCUUGGACCGGAACAUCACUGGACACUUCUCGCCGUACUUUACCUCGCUCGCGCUAAGUCAGAGAUGGGUUUCCAUCAAGAGGCGGAGACUAUGAUCAGGAACGGCCUCGAAACCGCUGAACGCAACAUCCCCAAGGGGCACAUUGCUUUUCUAAUGGCACGAACCAUUCACGCUCAGGUUCUUGUCAAGCUGAAAAAGUACGACGAAGCGGAAAGUAUAUUCUAUACACUUGCCGACAAAGCUCCGUAUAGUCGGCUUGCCGAUGACGAUGGUGACCAUCCAGAUCGACUUACAAACCUCUGGCUUCUUUUACGAUGCCUGGAAGAGCAGGGUAAAUAUGAGGAGGAACUCCGUGUGGGUGAGGACUUCUUGCUUGGCUUAUCAACUAUUGGCGGCCAGGGCGCUGGUAUGAAGCACCGAAUUCUGCGGAAAGUGGAAAAGAAGAUACCUGAACUGCGCGAGCAGCUCAAAGCAGCUACAUGUGGUUCACCAUAG